AGGUUGAGGUCGCUGCCGAGAAGCUGCGUCUGGACAUCCUGGACAAGAAGAGAGCCGGUGCAAGAUGAAGACGUUGCAGACUGCCUCAACAACCACAAGCACUCCAACUCCAGCCCGCACUGCCCUCUGCGCUUGCUACUGCAACAAUGCGCACGCCAGCCGCUGACCACGGCCCAUGCCAACCAGGACACACACUUGCCUACCUCAUCCAUCUGUCUCAUCGACAUCUGCCCGAACCAUGCUCGGUCAAGCCUCAUGGCUGGUACCGAGUGUGCUCUGCAUUUCUGCACUCAUGCAGGCUCGACCGCUAUGCACAAAGGGUAAGCGCGACCACGGCAAGCAAUCCAUCUGGCAAUGCUAUCACCAAGGCCGUCUACUCGCGUCUCGACAGAGUUUACAUGAUUCCCGCUGUCCUACUCUCUACAUUAGCCUUGUCUUUUUCUUUCUUGCACGCAGUCUGCUCUUCCCCGUAGCGCUCCUCCUGUCCUCCAAACAAACCUCAGAGAUAUCUAUCCAUAAACCCUUGUCAAGCCCUUCCAUUUCCACAUAAAUCCCUGCUGUUAUCGAUAUGAAAGCUACGGUGUCGGUGAUCAAGUUUGUAUCCCGAUUCACUCAUGCUUGUCCGCCAUUCUGUAUCAAGCGUCACUUCUCAGCACACCCUGGCCGCCCGUUCCUUUUUGUCGUCUCCCGUUAUGGACCCAUCCC